AUAAGUAAUCAUAAUGUGAAUUCUGCGACAACUAUGCAGGAUACUGGAGAAUUAGCAGCUCCCUUGGUUGUUCCGGAAGCAAAUUACGUAGUUGACCCUGUUGAGACUAUUCAGUCAGAUUGGAUUGAGCAUACUUCUCGAAAGGGGAAAAAAUACUAUUAUAAUAGAAGGACAAGAAUCUCUACCUGGGAGAAACCUCGAGAGCUGAUGACAGAAAUGGAGGUGAGGUCUCGUGUCAUCGAGAUUUUUAUGGGUAGUUUAAUCCAGUUUCCUGUGCUUAUCAAUGAAAAAAGAAGUACACAAUUCUUUUUCUAUGAAGCUUCGUAGAACCACUUUUUCUUUCCUAAGUAUAUGUGAUUUCUGUUGAAAGUUUGUUUAGCGAGCAGAUUUGCUCGAUCUUACUAUACUAUGUAGGAUUCAUUUGGGAUUUGCAUUGACCUUUUAUUUCCAAUAUAGUUCUAAAAGAUUUUAUAUU